AUGUGCUCCGUUAACGUCCUCCUGACGAUCUCCAUUAUCGGUAUCACCGCUGGGGUAAUGGCCGGGGCAAUGUUUGGCGGACAAUACCACAAUGUCUCCACAUGCAUUAUGGCCUUCAUCUCGGCGGGUUUUGCCACCUACGUCAGCUACAUGCACAUUGCGUACAAAAAGAAUUGGAUGCUCCACUGGAGCUCGGCGAAAUUUACGGCCAGCUUUUGGAUUGGACUCCUCACCUUUAUCGCAUCCUUCAUCGGAAUGAUCGGUUGCUUGGUAGCGGCUGGGAUUAAGAAGCAGGGCCUCACCCAUGAUGAACUGAUGGGCGAGAACCUGUGGAUGACGGCCGUGUGGAGUUUCAUGACUGCAAAAUGGUCCUCGCAGAUGGCCGUUUUUGCGAAGCGAUAUUCUUCGGCCUCUAUGCAGCCUUUGACAAAAUCAACUCCCAUCCAUUCGACUGUCAAUUUGUAC